AUGGCGACCGAGCCAAGGAGGAACUAUGAGGAGCUGUGUCGCCUAUGCGCUUCCUUCGAUGCCGUUAGGAUGCAUAUAUUCGGCCAGGAAGGCAAGAAUCGCCAACUCGUCGACAAGAUUGAGACGUGUUUGCCGUUCAAGAUAAUGGAAGAUGAUUAUUUGCCAAAAGUUCUGUGUUAUCGAUGUAUGUACAACUUGGAAAAUUUCUAUGACUUUAGGACUGCGUGUGUUAAUGCAGCUGUUUUGUUGGAAAGAAAUAGGCCGAAGGAAGGCGUGAGUGAUGACGAUGCAAAUAACACUGCGCAAUCCUACAAGAUGCACACGGUGUUUCUUAAAAAAGAAAAUAUGCCAGUACUUAUCCCGGAAGCACCUGUAGUCAAUCCUAAUGCAGCAUUGGGUACACCCCCGAGAUUAAAUUCGGAUGGUGAAGCAGAUCCUGAGAUCGAAGAAAUUCUUGACACAAGUGAAGGUACGGACGAAGCCACAGUGAUCGACGAUUCGGAAGAUCGGCGAUCGGAAUAUGAGAUGGCAUACGAAAUGGACAUGGAGACGAAUCCUAGUGAUUUCUUGGAAAUGACCCCGAUGGUAACCGAGGAAAAUGAAGAGGAAUCUAGUACAAACAAUACGAGUGCCGUGACUACUCAAGAUACUAUGGUCUUUCCACAUACGUCACAACAACAUGAAGUCUAUGUCUGUUCUCUAUGCAACAAAGCAUUCAGUUCCAAGGGUCACUUGUCUCUGCACGCGAGGAUUCACGUGGGUGAGGGUGAUGUGAUUGGCGAAAGAGUAAUUACCGAUGAUCAUACUUCGUACCAACGACCGUAUCAAUGUGAUCUUUGUCAUAAAUCGUAUUCUACUGCGAAGCAUCGCUGGGGACACGUUUCUACAACGCAUCGGGGACAUCCUGCAGUAACGUGUGCAUAUUGUUCCCGUAUAUACUCGACGCGAUAUAAUCUCGAUGAACAUAUAAAAUCACGACAUGCUGGGCUACCACCACCCUCAGAAUUAUCGGCUUCCGGGACUCGCACGGAAACACGUUACCAGUGCCAAACAUGUCCGAUGGUGUAUACGAAUCUAACAAAUUUCAAUGCGCAUCGUCAGAUAUGUCUCCAGGAACAACGUACAGAUUUGUUAGGGCAAAUCGAAGCGCAAGAUAAUAAAAUUUUUGCCGAUACAUCCGACGUCUCGAGUAUAGAUUUUUAUGACGAGACUAAAGACUUCAAGAAUGCCGAGGCUAAAUUGGCGAAAAAUCCACAGUUAACCAUAUUGAAACAGGCGCUGACUAAAGGAGACAUUUUAAAACGGAACUUCGAUGAAGAUGAUUUGACAUCUAGUGGCAAGCCGACAAAAAUAAUUAAGUCAGAAGAAGGCGAGGCAAAUCCUCAGAAGAUAUGGUAUUGUGAAGCUUGUCCACAAAGUUUUACAUCAGUGGAUAAUUUAAAAGAACAUGAAAUUAGACACGAUGCCGAAAAGCCAUAUAUUUGCAUACUAUGCAACAAAGAUUUUGUUUUGAAAUCUUCAUUAAAUAGGCACAUUACAGUAUUACAUGGUGUUGAUCCUACACCUAUCAUUGACAGUGAUAAGUGUCUAAAGGCAACAGUCAUGUCUCAAAAUUGGAAUAAUCGAGUGGACGUCAGCGUUUACGAGCAAAGUGAAAUAAAAGAAUUACCAGAGCUCUCGUCGUCACCUGAGAUAAAUUUAGAAAAUGAUGACAAGGAUUAUAAGAAUAACCAUGAGAAUAUAGAAAUCGAAACGGUAUUUGUAUGCGAGACUUGUAAGCGAGAUUUUAAUGAUCGAGCGUCAUUAUGGCUGCACAUACGAGCAAUGCAUAAGGAAUAUGCAGCAUUUACCUGUGGAGUGUGUUUAAAGAUGUGCUUUAAUAAUACACAACUUCAAAAUCAUGUAUUUAUGUACCACGGAAGAUCUAAGCUUUUAAUCUCGGAACAAAGAAGGUAUAGUUGUAAGAUAUGUGGUAGACAGCAUGACUCGAGAAAAAAGCUAAUCACUCAUGUCUCGAUACACAAUGUCGAUCCUGCCUAUGAUCCAGCAAUUUUUGUACAAAUGAACAGUAAUUACUAUAAUGAAAACUUAAAUGGUAACGAAGGCAAUGAACAAGUAUUAGAUUUCGAAGGAGAAGAUGGCGAAAAAGUUGAUUGUUACAUUUGUUAUAAAUCUUUUCCUACUGAGGAUCAUCUUAUACGGCAUCAGAGAAAUGCUCAUAAGUCUGACCAGAUUUCGUUGGGGGAUGCUACGGGUAGUAGAAAUACUCUAAAUGUUAAUGGCAAUGGUAAUAGAGCGCAGUAUCAUUUGUUUUUCGUUUGCGAGGUAUGUGGUAGUUCACAUUCGAGCAAAUGGGAACGUUGGUUGCAUAUCAACAACACACACAACAACGAACUUUCUAUUAAAUGUGAAUUGGAAAGUUGCGGAAAGAUAUUUGCAACAAAAUCGUUACGUAAUGAACAUCUUCAGCAUCAUGCGAUACAAGGGCCCUCGCCAAACACCUGUGAGAUAUGUGGAAAAUUAUGGCCUACUCGUGUCGAUUAUUGGAAACACGUGAUGGGCGUACAUGCGGACACAGUGCCUCUAAUUUGUGGCGUUUGUUUGAAAGUAUUCUCCGAUGUUAUGCAAUUGAGUGUACACGUCAAGGCGAAACAUUGGCCAUUAACCAGUGGCGAUUUCUGUUGUGAUAUUUGCGGUAGACCAUAUUCCAAUAAAUCGAAAAUGUCUCGGCAUAGAAAGAUCCAUGGUUUGGAGGCGGCUAUGGAUGCUGCAUGCGAUAAUAACAGUUUUAAUGAAACGACCAAUGAAUCGGUGAAACCUGAUCAUAAUAAUGGUGCUUCAGAAAUAGAACUACAUUGCGAACAGUGCCCUGAACUCAGUUUCACGACAUUGGACAGUUUGUGUAAUCAUCGACGGAUAACGCACAAUCUUUUCCCGUGCGAUUUAUGUAACAAAUGUUACGGAAGAACAUCACACUUAUGGAAACAUGUGAAUAGGGUGCACAAAGGACAUACAGAUGUGACCUGUCCUUACUGCGCAAAGACAAGCGCGUCAAGGGAUCAUCUGGCAGCACAUAUUGCAAAAAUUCAUAGGUUUAUGCCCGCAGUGAGUAAGGACAAUCAAAACUGCGUUACUUCCAAGUCUUUGAAUACAGACGAUGGUGUUUUGCAUUAUUGCGAGAAAUGUAACAAGGGAUUCCAUAAACGUUACUUGCUUCGUCGUCACAUGAAGGGCUGUCAAAACUAUCGUAAGGAUCCUGGGGCAUUGUUAACUCGUUGCCGUGCCUGCGAGAGGAUAUUCAAAGAUCGUGCGAGUCUGCAGAAACAUAUUGAGAAUCAUCAUACCACAUAUACUUGUCAUUUGUGUAAUGAGACAAUCACUUCUAAGCUGGGCAUCAUGACACACAAUCGUAUCAAUCAUAUGGAUCAUCCGGAUUUGACGUGCGACUACCAGAGCUGUAAAAAACUCUUUCGCACCAAGGAAGAUCUGGAAUCUCAUCGAAAAGAUCACAAAUAUCAUAGCAAUCCGAACGUUUGUGAUUUUUGCGGUGACACCGUAGAAAAUAAAUUAAAAUUGAAGAUGCAUGUAUUAUCAUUGCAUCGAAAUGAGAUCGGUGUAUCUUGUGGAGUCUGUCUCAUUCCGAUGAAAGAUCCUAAAGAUUUAAAAAAACACGUCGAAGCGGUGCAUAGCAGCGUUCUUUCUCAUCCAAACACGUGUCAGGUAUGUGGUAAGCAAUAUGCAUCCAAAUGGAAGGCUUUUGAUCACACGAAGAAGUGUCAUGGCAAAGUUUUUCUCACGUGCAAACAGUGUCUAGCUGUUUUUACGGAUGAGAAUGAUAUACGCGAUCACUAUGAAUAUGUGCAUAACGUCCCAAAGGACCAAUUAGCUAUUUUCGAAUAUAGAAUGGAUAUUGGUGCAAAGAGGGAAGGUUGCGAUACUCUUGAUAUUAUUGUCAAGGAGGAACCGGAUGAUUUGGAGUUUGACGAAGAAAUAUGUGACGAAAGUUCGAAUGAUUCUCGCAAACGUAGAUCGCCAAAUGAUACGUAUGAUUGCGAAAUGUGUCCCGAGAUCUUCCUAAAUUCAGACACUCUCGCCAAGCAUUAUCAGAACGUCCAUAAUACAGAUCCCGUCCGUAUGUUCAAGAAAUUCAGAAAGGAUAAUAGCGAUAAUAAGCGCAAGAUGAGAAAUAGAAAUAACUUUGAAUGCAAGAAUUGUAAAAAGCAAUUCUCUACCAAGACUCUGUUCUGGAAUCACAUAAAUGUAUGUACACGACGAAACUCAAUAGGUAGAUUUGACAUGCCGAAUAAUGUUCCAACAUCAAUUCUAGAAUCUCAUCUAAAAAACAACAAUCAACGAGAAGAACCGGCACCGCUUACGAACGAAUCUAACUUGAAUAUUCCCGACUUCAAUCUAUUCGAAGACAUCAAUUUACAAUUGUCAGCCCAGAAACCUGUGCCGAAUCUUAUGCCAUUGUCGCAGAUGAAGGCGGCGAGUAACGGCAAAUGCUCGAGAAAAGACUCGCGCAAGGUAUAUGAUGAAUCGACCAAUACCGAGUGUACAUGUGAAGUUUGUGGUAAACAAUGGCCCGCCAAGAAGCAUCUGUGGCAACAUUUAAUUCGUUUCCAUCGCGCCGAAGCUGCUGUUACGUGUGGCGUAUGCUUGAAGCUGUGUAAAUCUUACCAAGACUUAGCCGACCACUUGAAGGCUGAGCAUGCUCCAGUUUUAUCGCCGGAGGGUAAUAAUUUCACUUGCAAAACAUGCGGUAGAUAUCAUAACGCGAGAAGUAAAUUGCUGUUACACAUGAGCAUCCAUAUUGGGAACUUUCGGUGUCAAAAAUGUCAGCAAGGUUUUGCAAGUGACGAAAAACUUAUCGAGCAUGCGACGAACUGCAAUGGCAAAUCAGAGUUUGAGAAUAACACGGUGGCAGAUGAAGAUAAUGCAAAGAAUGACAACGACGAGAAGGGCAGUUUAAUCGCCGACGAGACAUCAGUCAUUGAGGAAACAGAGGAAGUUGAGGAAGCUGAUUACGAAUCAGAAGGUGAAAGAAGUAGGGAUAUCCAAGACGAAGAUAAUUCGGAAAAUAGCGAAGAAAAUAAUUCGGAAAAUAGUGAUGAUUCAGACAGUGAUAGUAAUAGUAGUUCAAGCGAAGACGAAAACGAAGAAGGAGAAGAGGAAGAGAAGGGGGAGGAGAAGGAAGAAGGAAAUGAAAAUGAAUCCGAUACUACUAGUAGAGCGAGCGGUGAUAGUAUAUCAUCAUGUAAUUCCGAUAGCGACGAUGAAUCGGAUAUAGAUGAAACGGAAGUAGACGCGACGGAAAAGAAAACUGUACAAUUGAACGAUGUUAAUAGAUUCAGAAUACAUAGUAACGAUAUUCGAGAGAAUAUGCCAAUAGAGACAAAUUUCAAGGAUCAGAAAACCGAUCUUACAUCCAUAACAAUGGUUGUAGAACAGACUAAACCGAGUAAUUUAAAUGAUCUUUUGAUUUCUAACGCACCGGGAAAUAUGAGUACCGACAAAUUUGAGGCCUUUCGUGUCGUAAAGCUGCGACAUGCUAAAACUGUAACGAGUGAUGUAGACUCUGAUAACGAAGAUGAUGAUGAUGAUAACGAAGAAAAUGAUGAGGAAAAUAACGAAAAUGAAGAAGAGGAAGAAGAUGAUGAUCAGGAUGAAGAUGAAGAUGAGGCUGAUGCUGACGCUGAAGAUAAAGUUGUAGCGGAAGAAGAAGAAGAGGAAGAAGAGGAUGAUGAAGAUGAUGACGAUGGACCGCCUGUAUUAAGUCCAAUAAUGCCUUUGUUACCAGAAAACGAAUCUGAGGAGUAUAGCGGUACGACAGAUCGCACUAGACAUAAGCUUAGUCCAAUGAUUUCGCUGAGUAUGGCUAAACAUCUAGAGGAAUGCGAAACACCAAAUGACACAGACAACUUCUUUGCAGCUAAUAACAAUGAUCUACCCGUAACAUGGGACGAGAAUUUGGAUGAUAACGUAAUCAACAAUGGCGAUUGCAACUCCGAUGUUGGAAACAGGGAUGUGGAGAAAAGUGAAGAACUUGAUGAGUAUGUAAAAAUGGAAAUAAACGAAGGCGAUGACUUCGAGGAAGAUUCUGUGGAUGAGAACGUAGUGAGAGAAGAUGAUGGAAACAAUCCAGUGCAUGAGGUGCAUAAUUUGGACGGAACUGUGUUAAUGGUAACUAAUGAUGCGGAAGGUAAUCAAAUUUUGAUAGAACAAAACGUGUUAGAUAUCGAUAACGAGGACUCUAAUGCCGAAACGGCGCAGUAUAUUUAUCCCGAGAACACUUAUGAGAUCGAGGAAGAAGAUUACGCAACGCAAAACGAAACUGACAUUAUGCAGACGGAUGAAAUGCAAGGUAAUAUAUCCUACAUUCAGGAUAUAUCGGAGGAUGAGGAUAGUAUGCAGGAUGAUAUCGAGGAGACAAAUAGUGAUGUGCAAAAACAGUAGCACAUGAGUGCCAAAACA